CUUUGUUGAUGACCAACUUUGUUUGAGAUUAUUUCUAUUGUGAUUCGGAAGAUACCGUACCUGUUUGUGUAUUUUAUUCAUAUAGUUUGAUGCAAUUGAAAAGUUUAAACCAUUCAGGUUUCUAUAAAAUUCAUAAUGUAUUUGUGUUCUUGGUUGGAUAAAAAAUUGAAUCGUAUCAGGAUCGAUCAUAUUGGACCUAAUGGAAAGUUGGAGGAAUUGAAGAGCAGAAUAGUUAAUAUUAUCAAUAAAGAUCGGAACAGUUUAGAAUUCACCCAUCGUGGUCGGUUAUUGAGCGACGAUGAAAAAUCUUUGUCUGAUUAUGAUAUUAAUGAAGACUCAGAAAUUCACGUGUUUGAAAAGUUAUCGUCAGAAAACUGCCCUGUUACUUACACUGAUGAAGAAUUAAGGAAGGUUUCUUGGGAACUGAACGUGUUAGCAAGAGUCCAUAAUUUUCAUUCAAUAGCUCAUAGAGUAAUGAAGAAUCGUGCUGCUUCUAUAAUUCGAGAGAACGUUAUUAAUGCCGACAACACAGCUGUGGCAUACCUGCUCCAUCCUGAGCUAUUGUUGACUUUGCGGGAGCCUGAGACACUGAGGAAAAUCGCAAGAAAGCACCCUUCGAUAAUUCGUGCAGCUGCAGUUUUAUGUGAAUUCAUACAAGCUCAAACAAUGCAAAUACAAGCCUCUUCAGCUAGUGGUUUUUACUAUCCAGCAAAUAAUUCUUCUGGAGAUGAAGAAGAUAUGGACUCAAACACAGAAUCAUCACGGGAUUCUCAUUCACCAAGCAGAAAUCCAUCAGUUAAUACAAUCACACCUGCUCAACUUGCAGCAGCUAUUGCAAAUGCAACUAAUUCUGUGGCCAGUAACUCUUCAACGUCUACUCCAAGCAACACUUCAAAUAUAAUCACUAAUGAAAUGUUCAAUAAUGCAUUGCAACAAGCAUUCAAUAAUACCCCUUCAAGUACACCCCCUGUAACACCAGGUACAGCAACAGAAAAUUUGAAUUUUAGCAGUUUAGCAGGUAGGUAUGAAAAUCAACUUGGACAGAUGCAUGAGCUGGGGCUGACUAAUGAUGCAGUGAAUAUAAGAGCUUUGCAUACAACAUCUGGGAAUUUACAAGAGGCUGUGGAGCUUGUUCUCAAUGGAGUCAUAGACUGAAUAAUAAUUUACAUUUUAUAUUUUUUUGAGUUUAAUGUAUCAAUAUUUUUACAAUAUUAUAUAAUUUUGAUGAUUUCUUUGUGAUUUUAAGUAUAUUGUUACAAUGAUUUUCACUCGAAGCCAGUGGUUAAUUAUUUCGAGUUGAUUUUGUUUUUCAAUUGUUUAGUAGCUGGUGAAAUAGACUCUUUAAAUAUAAUUUCUUUCAUGAUCA